GUGAAUACAGCACCAAGCAGUACAAUGACUACAAGAACGAUUUUUUGUGUAUUUUUUCUUAUUUAUCAAAUAUACAACGUGCAGGGGAAGAUGUCGAAAAAAGUCUAUCCGCCAAUGAAAGAGGAUAUUCCAUUUAUUAAAUGCGGUGUUUGCCAGAAAAGUUUGAGAUACCUGUUUAGAAAAGUUAAAUCAAUGCGCGAGGACAGUAAAAAGGUUGGUGAAGAAAAGCUACAGGUGUUAGUUGAGAAGGCAUGUAACCCAGAGAGAUUUGAAGGAGAAUGGCUGACCAAAUUAGAUAUAGAAGAAAAAAAUAAUGCUUUGAUAUUAUCUGAGCACGAGGAGUUGGGAUCAUGUCAGUCUGAGUGUCGAACUAUAGCUAAAGCAUGUGAUGAGACUAUUGGCGAAGCUGACUUGGAUAUUGCUGAAGAAUUGUGGAAAAGUGAAAUGACACUGUCUCAAAUGAUCAAUCAAGUAUGUCAUGAAGAGACUGGCGCAUGUACCAAAAAUGAAUUGACAUACAAAAGUGGAAACAGAAAGGACGAAACAUUCAAAGCAAUGUCUGAAGAUGAAAGAAAAGCUCAGGAGUACCUAAAGAAAGCAAGUGAAAUGCCUGGAAUGCCAAACAUGCAAUUGUAUUCACGUGAAGAACUGAUGCAACAGCAAGCAGAAAUGGAAGCAAUGCAAAGUCAACAUUCAGAAAAUGAAGAAGAAGAAGUAGAGAAUAUUUCCCAUGAUGAAUUGUCAUUAUGGCAGACAAUUGUUCAAAUGUUUACUAAUUGGUGGAACUGGCUCAAAAAUAUGUUAGGAAUUAAUUCCAAAAUGAUGAAGUCAGCAGAAUUAUGACAAGCACAAUUUUGUACUUGAUUCUUCUACGAUAGUGACACUCCAUUAAGAUGUAGAAAUUGCCUUUUUUUUGAAAAGUGCAUGCUGCUUUGGUUUAAUUUUGACAAUGAUCAAGUGAAGCAAACUACCCCUACUUACUUGCACAUCAAGCAAAUUCAUUGCAUUUAGUAUCAACAAUACAAUAAAAAUUGCUUUUUUACAUGGGAA